AUGUCCCUUUACGUCGACCUCUUACUCUCCAAAAUGUCUUUAUGUAUUGAUAUCUGUCAUGCGAUCAUUGCAGCGGUCAUUAAUAUUAAGUCUAUUACCAUGAAUCGGCACCAGUUAACCCGAUCGGUUAUUUACCAUGGCAACACUUUAGUUGAUCAUCUGAUUUAUGAAAGACAAAAUUUUGAGAGGAAUCUGAUUUGUCCUCCUGACAGAGACCAACUGAGAAACCGGGCUGAAAUCAGAGAUCGAGUAUUUACAAACAGUAUUCAGCGUUUCAUUGCUAGAAAAGCAGAUAUACUCUUUAGUAAUGUAGAGGAAAAUACCAAUAAAGCCUUACAUAUACAUCAGACUUAUGAUCCCGGAGAUGAUUAUUAUUCUAUCCUACCCCCUUUGGAAACAUUUAUGGGAAUACCUCCUGAUGAUUGUAAAAACCAUUUUUAUGAUAGUCUUGAAAAGAAAGAUAUUGUUAUUGGAGUUGUAACUUCAAUCUUGGAUGGAGGAAUGGUCAUAACAUUGCUGUGUUUGGAUAAUACCAAAGCCCGAGAUAUUGAUCACCUUAAGAUCACUGCAUUUUGUCCAUGUAAAGAACUCCCAAGACAUUAUAAUUAUGCAAAUCCAAUUGAAGCAUUUCAAGUGAAUGAUAAAGUUAGAGGAAUAGUUCUUAAUGUUAAUCGUGAAAAUAAGAAGAUUUUGAUUUCUUUACUUGAUAAACACAUGGAUAGGCAAAAUUCUCCUUAUCUAAAAUUGGGUCUGAUUACAGAUGAAGAUGUGCCAGUACAUUACAGACGUAAAGUUUAUUACCGAGGUUUGACUUAUGAAGAACUUCUUCAUACGGUGAUUGGCUUCAACAAUUCUGGCAGUAUUCCAUAUCUUCUUCAGUUACUCAAUCAUCCUCUUGAUACAGGAUCAAUGACAAAAGGUUUACACAAAUUUUCUCUUCCGGAAACAGAAUGUGCUGAAUCCCUCCGUUUAGCACAGUCGAGGCGAAUUGCUAACAAAAAUGUGGCCGAGGGUAUUUGCCUGUUUAAGAGAAACCAAAUAAUAGAAGCUAUGCAGAUGUUUAACAAGGCACUCCAAAUUGAUUCUGGAAAUGUAGAGGCUCUUGUAGCACGUGGAGCUCUCUAUGCUAACAAUGAAAGCUAUAAAAAGGCAAUUGAAGAUUUUGAAGAUGCUUUUGCUUCAAACCCACGUCAUCAAAAUGCCCGCAAAUAUCUUUGUCAGACUCUCGUUGCACAGGGGAAAAUCCUUGAAGAUCAACGCAGAUUGUCUGAGGCCGAGGGUUAUUACAAAAGAGCUCUACAUAUUGAUCCACAUUAUGAAGAAGCUGGUCGUUGUCUUCACUACAUAGGCUACAGUAACAAAUCUGCUCCUGGCAAUAAAUGUAGAAGCAAUUCUGGUGUCAACUGCACAACAAAUAUAGAAAACUCACCUCAUUCUUCUUUAGAAGGUUUUGAAAGGGUUUCCUCUGAGAAAAAGAAGAAAGCGCACAAAACUGGACAUUCGUACAAAAGAUCAGCUGCUUCUGACAGAAUCCAACAGUUUAGAAAAGAUGUGAAAUACCAAGAUGGUUUUUUAAUCAGAUGCAUCCUCAUCAGCAUCAUCAACAUUUUUUAG